AUGCAAACAGAUAGGAAGUAGUUUUCUCUCUUCUCUUGCAUUCACCCGACUUUCGAGGAUCGUUGACUGCUCAAUAGCCAAGGCUUCGCUUUCUACCCCGAGGCACAAAUUGUAGGAAGGAUCUUCUCUUCAUUGGGACAAGGCUUCUGCUGAUCAUUACCUUCAGUCCUAUCAUCUACGAAAAUCUCUGAAUUUCUUCCAUCCGCACAUUGCUCCAGAACUUCUGAAAGGAUUGGACACUUUUCUUGGGUGAUAUCUAUCUACCAUCUUUACUAUAUCUGUGCAACUUUUUGAAAAAUUGCAUUGCUUUGUUGAUCUGAACUGAGACCUUGUUGUAUGUUACUCUGAAGGAAUUGUAGAAUGUUUAUUGAAUUGUGUAAAAGUGCUCUUAAUCCAAGUGCAUAGAGAGAAGGGUUUUGCCUGCAUUUGGCAUUUGCAUUUUGCUGCCCGGGAAAGAGAUUUUCCUGCUGAUAAUCUCGUUGCCGAUAACUUUUUUUUUUAGCAAAAAUUCUAUAACUGCUAUUUGCUAAAUUGUCUCUAUCUUUAUCAAGUUCUGACCAUGGCAGCAAGCAUGGCUCUCAGUGGCAUGGCAGCACCCGCUCUCUCUGUGCCUGAACAAACCGUAGCUCUUCAGAUUGGUACUUGUAGUCCGGCUGAAAUGUUGGACAGAGUUAGAAAGACGCAGGUGUAUAUUCUUUCUGGAGUGUCCAGGCAGGUGGAGAAUGAGCUGAAAGGGUUCAAGAGGUCAGUACAGAGGUUAAAUUCUAACAUGAAUGACCAGUCCUCAGUGGUCGGGAUCCAGAGGUGGAAACGUUCCAUCAAGGCUUGCCUGAUGAGAUGUCAAGAUACCUUGGUCAACUUAGAGAGGUGGGUGAAGAGGGAGAUGAACUCUUGGAGGGGCGUGUUCUCUCGUUUCGAGAAAAUGGUUAGCAAAGCCGACCAAAACUUAUAUAAGCAAAGGAGGUCUUUCUAUGGAGACAAGAGUGCUAAGGAAAAGGAGGCAGAGGCCAAUCAGGAGAUUGUUGACCCUUAUGCCCCCAGCCCCCCAUCAUUUCCACCUCCACCACCACCUCCACUGCCAGCCCAGACUUGCCACCCACACCACUGGGUUGUCAUUUCAGUUGAUCUCCUGUCUCCUCCCGAGUUUGAUGCUAAAAUGUCAGAGGAUCCUCGUGAGUUUUUAGUGAGCCUAGAAAAAUUCUUUAAGCGCAGCGGGUGGAAUGAAAAAGUUUGGCUGUCUCAAGUAGACAACCACUUGAAAGGUGCAGCCAAGAAGUGGUGGGAAUACAGGCAGGAGACGGUAGAGAACUGGCAUGACUUUAAAGUAGCCUUCUUGCAGUACUGUGAAAGGUUAGUCGUUAGAGAGGCCAUCAAGAGGGACUUAGAUCUUCCUCAAAGACGUUGGGAGCCCCUUGAGCAAUUUGUCUGGAAGAAAAGGGCCUUGUACCAUAGGCUUUAUGCUGAUGCCAACGAGGAGGAGAUGAUCCGUCACAUUAUUAGCACCCUUCACCCCGAGAUUAAGCGUUUCCUCAAAUCCCCCCUCCCUAAGACAAUGGACCAGCUCGUGCAAAUGGGGCAGCAAAUCCAGUUUGAUUUCGAGCAGUCAGAGAAGCAAACCCUUAAGGCGUCUUACUCCGAUGAGCAAAUUAGCACCAAGCUCAAUGUCAUUGUCACCAAGGAUCCUUAUGAUAGCAAUAGCAAUAGCGUAGUGACCGAGAAAGCUGGGUACAUUGAGGCAUGUUAAGCGGGAGACAUUAGGAAAUUUUGCUUCUUGAUGCUCCCGAAUGGGAACCACUUUUUAGGCUUUGAGAGGAACUUCUCGAAACUUGAAGGAAAGUUUGGGGAUUUCUCUAAAGCGUUGCAAGAAAGUUAGGACGAGGUGGAUAAGACAGUGAGGUUUUCUCAUCUAAAGUUGAGACGUGUGUCAAACUUAUAUAAGCUUAUUCAGUUCUGAGAUACAUUUCAUAAGGUGCAGAGUAAGAGGUCAACGAAUUACGAAUCAACCGCAAAUACAAUACGGGAAUUCUAGGUUUUCUCAUGAGAACAGGACAUAUUGCCCUGCAUGCAGCUCGAGUAUAAGCAUUAAUUGCUUUCUAUGACCACAUAGAGCAGUGGUCCCAAACUGUGGCCUUCCGGAUGCUGCAAAACUUCAACUCCCAGCGUGCCCGGACAGCCAACGGCUGUCCGGGCACACUGGGAGUUGAAGUUUUGCAACACUCGGAGGGCUACAGUUUGAGACCACUGACAAAGUAAAUGGAAAAGUUUGUGAAUCGUCACCAGAAUCUGGUGUCACAACUUUGUGGUACAAACGAAAACAACUAAAAAAUGUCUAUAUUUUUGCACAUUUGACGGGUGAAACCAUUUACCAUAAGUGGGAGCGUUUAAAUAGCAUUCUGCCUUCUCCCUUAACAUUUUCCAGGGGAUGGCAAAGAUAAGAAAGUUUGCAAUUUGUUCAGUUUUAAGAGCAUUUUUUUUUUUAAAACAUUGAAUGUAAAUGAAAAAAAAUAAAAUCCUAUUUUUGAUAUUGCUGACUAUGCUGUAUGUACCAAAAUGUCAUCCAAUCAGAAUGAUCUAUAUUGUACAUAAGGCGAUUGUAAAGAGCGGGAAAAUUAUCUUGCCACUUUUUACUUUUAAGUGUUUGUAUUUUUAUUAGAAAGCAAUAAUAUGCUUCUAGGUCUAGUUGGAAAAAUUUGAACGGAAAUGUAAAUUUUAUUUUUCUAAGAAUUUGGAAUUUUUAUUUAAUUUUUUAUUAUUUAUUUUGUGGUUGAAAUUGUGAAAUUGUAAAAUGAUAUACUUCUGGUGUUUUUUGCACAUGUAAUAUAUCUCUGAGGAUACAUAGUAGCACUUUUUAUCAAAUAAUAACUUGUUGCAUCGGAGUCGAACCAAAAUUUUGGAUUGUCGUAAUUUGUUUGUGGAACCUUCCACCAAAACGGUCAUUGGACACUGAUAGACUCUUGUGCGUUUGUACCUGAUGGACAUUUCUAUAUAUACCGUAUAUAUAUAUAUUCACAUCCAUUUCCACUACUUGGAAGUUAAAAGUAUCAAUGGACAAAAACAGAGAACCAUUUCUGUACCUACAAAGUAGAGACUUAAGACCAUAAAUCAACGUUCUUAGCUAUGCCAACCGUUUCCCUUCCUCAGAACAAGGGCGGUGUAGACUAUCGGACUCUCUCAGUCAACUUCACUCAGGAAUAUCUGGGGAAUCCAAGAUUUCCCAAAUUGUUUCUUCAAACUUUUCGGACUGCCAUGUUGGAAUCAGAUCUUAAACUACAUCAAGUCUACAAGUCCACUGACCCAAUCGGAGGAUUCUUGUCUGGCCAAUAUACAAGGACUUUUGAGUCAACGAGAAGACAUCAUCAAAGGGUACUGGCUGCUCUUCCAAAAAACCUAUGAGAUUGGUCGUGAAGAAGACCACCCAUCCAAUGAGCCGGAAACCCUUUGUAGCACAAUAUGCCAGAUCAAUACCAAGCCUUUGGCCAUCAUCAUUCGGCAAGUUAAUGGCAAUUUUGGCAAGUCAACACUCUUCUUCCUCCAUCUCUUGUCUUCUCGGCCACCAGUUCUGGUGGAAACUGAAGCCUAUCAUCAGGCCAGCACUGGAAAAGAUCUUCCAUCAGUUCUUUAUGUGGACUUCUGGAACCCACAAUGGACAUUAAGUAAAAAAAAAUCUCACAAAAAUUCAUCGGAAAUUGUCAAAAAUGAAAUGAAAAAACAGUCAACAUACAAAAACAUCCAUACAGAUGGUCAUUCCUGUCUACAGAGAUAUCAGAACCUCCAGGCCUAUAAGGCACCACCCAAGCCUUGGACUCUAUUAGGACAUUAUUCUCACCUAUCUAUUCUGACUUGGACUUUAUGUACUCACAGUAGAUCGAUUCCGAAUCGAAGCAUAUAGUUACUUUUCAACGAUAAAAAGUGACCUUAAUCUGGAAGCCUUAUCGUAGUCCGAACAAGAACAAUCAAAGACAAGAAACAUUUUGCACCAAUGGUCGACUAUACAUGUAUGAAAGCACAUCGCAUUAAUCCAAAGAGAUCUUGUAUGGAAAAAAAAAAAAAAUCAUUUUGUAAAAGCCGAUUGUUUAUGUACAGAUGACAAUUCAUUAAUAAAAUGGGAAAAUCUA